AUGGGUGCAGGCGCAUAUCUUGAACCAUUGGUGGUCAUAGCACUCCUAUUUGGCGGCGCAUGGAUCAACCGUGCGACCGACUAUACCUUUCCCCCCCGAAGUUCUCGAUGGGACGAACAAUUACCUCCUGCUCGGGUUGUCCUUACGGACGAAGACCUUGACAUCGAAGAGGCCCAACUCACUCAAUCCAAGCGAUCCUUGUCGCCAUCUCUGCUGCCUUCUCAAGAAAAAAAAUGGCGGGAACGAGAGAUUCGACUGAUGGGAUACCGGAAAGUGAUAGAGACUCCCAACACUGCUGUCUUUCGGAAUCGGCUUCUGAGCAGGUUGCUCCACAAAUUUCCCUUCCUGGUUGAGGCAUGGUACUGGGCGUUAAUAUACUGGGUCUAUCAAUUCGGUCGAGCAUUCACAGCGGUCACCCUAGUUGAAGGCACAGUUCACGUCGCCAGGAGGCAUGCGCUGCAAUUGAUUGAGUUGGAGAAACGCUUGAACAUCUUCUGGGAGGUCUCCAUUCAGAAGUUCUUCAUGUCCUAUCCUCAUCUCAUGACAUAUAUCAACUGGCUAUACUCCUUCAUCCACAUCCCAGGCACAAUCGCUUUCCUGGUAUGGCUGUACUACUACACGAUUACGAGCAACCGACCUGCGCAAGGCCGGAGUGGUCGUCUGCAAGCUGGAGGACAAGAAGGAUCUGGCUCACCAUCUGGACCAUGGCUAUACGAAGCACGUAGAAGGACCAUGGCAGUCUGUAACCUGCUUGCCUUCGUAGUGUUCACCGUCUGGCCCUGCAUGCCACCCCGUCUGCUCAGCGACCCAGAUUACGACGGGCCUCAAGCAGAGUCCGCAAAGAGCUAUGGAUUCGUCGAUACCGUGCAUGGACAAGAAGGUGCUAGCAGUGUCUGGACGCAAAACAAGUUCUGCAAUCAGUAUGCUGCAAUGCCCUCUCUCCAUUUCGGUUAUUCCCUCAUGAUAGGACUCACCAUUAUGACCAUCCCCCUGGCACCAGCACAUCGCCGUUCGAAAUCCAUCCACCUACCGAUUUUCAACAACUCACACCCGGAACUAGCACCGCAAAUCCGUCUCCCUUCUCCGCGUCGCCUUGCGUGCCUAACCAUCGGACUUCUCUACCCAUUCGCAAUCCUCGUCGCCAUUGUGUCCACGGCGAACCACUUCAUCCUCGACGCGGUGGCCGGCGCGAUCGUCUGUGCCGUCGGCUGGAAGAUUAAUCCUAUUUUGUUGAAUCUCUUGCCUCUGGAAGAUUGGUUCUUGUGGGUUCUCAGAAUUCAUAAGCCUGCGCAGACGUCACUCAACGCAGAGGGGCUUAUGGAACUGGGUGUCAAGAGCAAAGUCGAAGGGUGGGAUCCCGAGAGACAGAGUGUGGCCAAUAACUGA